AUGACGGCCUGCUUCUUGCUCACCCUUUCCUUCUUCUUCUUCCUCCUCAACGCUAUCAUCGUCACAACAGCUGCUGAGAUCUUCACCGUCGGAGACGAGAACGGAUGGACGAUGCAGGUCAACUACGGCGCCUGGACCGACAAGCACAACUUCACCGUCGGCGACAUUCUCGAGUUCAAGUACACAAGAACAGAGCACAAUGUGUACGAGGUCACGAAGGAAGUGUACCAAUCGUGCAACGCGAGCGACGGCGUGCUGGCCAAGUACCAGACCGGAAACGAGCAAAUUGAGCUCAAGGAAGCGAAGAAGCACUGGUUUAUCUGCGAAAUUGAUGGGCAUUGCCUUGGUGGGAUGAGAUUGGCGGUUGAUGUGGCAGAGCGACAACCGUCAACUGCCGGCACCGGCAGUAGCGGCGGCGCCGCCGGUGAGCCAGUAGCUGUAUCAGGCGGCGGCGGAGGAAACAGUGGUGAUAGUUCCUGUGGCUGGAGCAAUCGUAGCUAUGCAUUUGGAAGAUGUUGUAGCUUGUUUGUGUACUUGGUUCUUGUUUCUGCUUGCAUUUGGAAGUGA